AAGAUUAUUGUUGAAUCUUUGUAGCCAGUCCUGUGAAGCCUCGUGUUGAAUUCGUGGAAGAUUCCACAUCAAUUCGUGGAACCCAGAAAAGCAUAAUAUCCUAACCCUACGGAUCAUCAUCAUCUUCAUCUUCUCCAAUCGCCAUCUCCAUCGCCAUCGGUAUCAUUCAUACCUAGAUUCAAUCGCAUACAUACAUACAUACAUACAUACAAGCUCUCUCUUUCUUUAAUACGUAUUGUGGGUUUCAUCGCGAAUUGGAUACUGCAGUUAGGGUUAAAGAUUUGAUUUUGACUUUCAUCAGAGGAAAAAGAAAACCCCCAUGUGUGUGUGUUGAUUAAUAAGAAUUAAUAAUAGCCUCUGGUGGAAGCAGUUCUGAGCUAUGGGUUUUUCACUUUUCUCUCUAAUCUGCUUCCUCCAUUCUGCGAUCGCUACCACCACCGGCAUCCUGAUGAUGUUCUACAUGUCUGAUAUCUACUCCCUCACCCACGGCGCUGAAGUGGCCACGAAGCUAAUCGGAUCAACGGGUCGGGAUCAGCUUCUGAUUCGGACCUCGGAUUCAUUCUCCGGUCUUCUACUUUUCGCAAUCGGCUUACUUGUUUUCAUGGUGGGGUUCGUGAAGGACAAAGAAUUCCAUAGCUUCUUCGCAAAAGGGUGCAUACUUCUCCAUGCUUCAAUGGCUGUUUGGAGAUUCAAUUUCGAGAGGAGGGUUGAGGAUCUUGCUUGGGAUUGGCUAAGGCUGUUAGUUGGUGAUGUCUUACUUGCUCUGUCUUGGCUUUUCUUUCUUCUGCAUUCAUGGAAGGAUAAAUAUGACUAGAGGAUUGAUUAUCAGUUUCAAGCACCAAACAAAGCAAAGUGUAGAAUUCAGAUUCAGAUUCAGAUUAUUUCAAACUGUAAUAGUAAUAGUAGUAGUAUUGCCCAGAAUCUCCUUCCACAAAUACUUCACUUUAAUUUUCUGCAUUUUUCAAUACUUUCUUCAAUGAGAUUGUGUAAGUAUGAGUUAUAUGUUAUGGGAGGGACAGCUGAUAAAUCAAAAAAACUCUUUAGAA